AUGCCUUCAACAACAGCCAUAUUAUCAGCAUACACCACUUUGGCUGCAUUAGCAAUGCUGGUCAGGACUGUUCUUAAUGAAGUCCAGAACAUGAUCAACCAGCUUAUACCCAAAGCACUCCAAGAGAAAAUACUAUCAAAACUUGGAGGCCUCAUCCUGAUGGGAAGUCUCUCUCCUAACGUGACUCUCGUCGUCGAUGAAUACAAGGGUCUCUCCAUCAAUGAGAUCUUUGAGGCAUCAGAAAUCUACUUGCGUACAAAGAUCACCCCUUCCAUCGAGCGGCUUAAGGUUUCCAAGGUACCCCGAGAGAAGAACCUGUCUGUCACCAUCAACAAAGGUGAGAAAAUCAUCGACGUGUUCGAAGGAAUUCAAUUGAUUUGGGAAGUGAUUUGCAUAGAAGAUCAAAAAACAAGCUUCGACUACGAAGGGUAUUUCUCUAACGAAAAAGUUGAGCGUAAAUCAAUUGAGCUCAGUUUCAACAGAAAACACAAGGAAAUAGUAUUGAACUCUUACUUGCCAUAUGUAUUGGAGAGAUCAAAAGCUAUAAAAGCAGAGAACAAGGCAGUGAAGCUCUUUUCGCUUGGAUCUUUCAGUGGGGACUACGAAGGGGGACCUUGGGGAUCGGUUAAUCUGGACCAUCCAUCAACUUUUGAAACAUUGGCAAUGGAUUCGACACUGAAGGAGGAAUUGAUCGAUGAUUUGGAUCGAUUUGUGCGGAGGAGAGAGUUCUAUAGGAGAGUUGGGAAGGCUUGGAAACGUGGGUAUUUGUUGUAUGGGCCUCCUGGUACAGGUAAGUCAAGCUUGAUCGCAGCCAUGGCGAACUAUCUGAAAUUCCACAUUUAUGACUUGGAACUCACUUGUCUCACGAGCAAUUCAGAGCUUAAAAGACUGAUGGUUUCUACUGCAAAUCGAUCCAUUAUUGUGAUUGAGGAUAUUGAUUGCAGCGUUGAAUUGGAAAACCGGGGUGUUGGAGGAUACAAUCAGAGUGACAAUCAGUUAACACUAUCAGGUCUGCUGAAUUUCAUUGAUGGCCUAUGGUCAAGCUGUGGCGACGAGAGGAUAGUAGUGUUCACAACCAAUCACAAAGAAAGACUAGACCCUGCAUUGCUGAGACCAGGCCGUAUGGACAUGCACAUUCACAUGUCCUAUUGCACUCCUUGUGGCUUCAAAACCCUUGCUUUGAACUACCUUGGUAUUUGUAAUCACAUUCUGUUUAGUGAGAUAGGAAUGCUCUUAUCAGAUGUGGAGAUAACCCCAGCAGAGAUAGCAGAAGAGUUGAUGAAGAGUGAAGAAGCAGACAUUGCUCUUGCCCGACUCGUUGAAUUCCUCCAGAAGAAGAAGAAGGCUAAAGAUGGUGAAUCAAAGUUUGAAGGAGGAAAUGAAGUUGAUGAAGAAGGGACCAAAAGCGAGGAAACCAAUGAAGGAGGUGAGAAGAAAGCGAAUAGAAAGAAGAGGAAGGCGGAGAGGAGGAAAUGUUUUUUGCAGCAAAAGACUAGACGAUGAUGAUUC